AUGCCAUCCUAUACCAAGUUCCUCAAAGAUAUUUUAUCAAAGAAGAGAAGGCAGGAGGACUAUGAGACUGUCGCUCUUACAGAGGAAUGCAGUGCCAUAAUGCAGAACAAGCUGCCACUAAAGCUCAAGGAUCCAGGAAGCUUCUCCAUACCUUGCCUUAUCGAUAACAUGAAUAUUGACAAAGCCCUCUGUGAUCUAGGUGCAAGUGUGAGUCUGAUGCCUUUGUCAAUAUGUAAGAAGCUUGAUAUAGGGGAACUUAAGCCUAUAAUAAUUUCGUUACUACUGGUUGAUCGAUAUGUGAAAUACCCUAUAGGUAUUCUAGAAAACAUCCCUAUCAAGGUGGGAAAAUUCUUUAUCCCAAUUGAUUUUGCUAUACUGGAAAUGGAAGAGGAUGUCCAGAUCCCCAUAAUAUUGGGAAGACCUUUUCUAGCAACUGCUGGAGUUGUCAUAGACGUCAAGAACGGGCUGCUAACUCUCAAGGAGGAGAGGAAGAGGUGGAGUUCAACCUAUUCAAUGCAAUGA